AAUCGUCGAUAGUUUUUGCAAUAUGUUCACCAAGAUUGCCACGAGAUCCUUCUCUUCAUCCCCAUCCGCCGCCUACAAGGUCACCGUUUUAGGUGCUGGUGGUGGGAUUGGACAACCAUUGUCACUUUUAUUAAAGUUAAACCACAAGGUUACCGAUUUGGCCCUUUAUGAUUUAAGAGGAGCUCCAGGUGUUGGAGCUGAUGUGUCUCACAUCCCAACCCCAUCCACCGUCAAGGGUUACAACCCUGAAAACAUUGGUGAAGCCUUGACUGGCGCCGAUGUGGUGGUGAUCCCAGCCGGUGUUCCUAGAAAACCAGGUAUGACCAGAGACGACUUGUUCAACACCAAUGCCUCCAUUGUCAGAGACUUGGCCAAGGCCUGUGCCGACCACUGUCCUGACGCAGCUGUGUGUGUGAUUGCCAACCCUGUCAACUCGACGGUGCCAAUUGUGGCUGAGGUUUUCAAGUCCAAGGGUGUCUACAACCCCAAGAAGUUGUUUGGUGUCACUACUUUGGAUGUGUUGAGAGCCAGUAGAUUUGUGUCUGAAGUUGCCGGCACCAAUCCUGUCAACGAAAAGGUGACUGUGGUGGGAGGACACAGUGGAAUCACUAUUGUGCCAUUGUUGUCUCAAACCAACCACAAAAACUUGGACACUGACAAGAGAGACGCUUUGAUCCACAGAAUCCAAUUCGGUGGGGAUGAGGUUGUUCAAGCCAAGGAUGGUGCUGGUUCGGCCACCUUGUCAAUGGCCCAGGCUGGUGCCAGAUUUGCUGGUUCCGUGUUGAACGGAUUGGCUGGUGAAAAGGAUGUGAUUGAACCAUCUUUUGUCGAUUCCCCAUUGUUCAAGGACGAAGGUAUUGACUUUUUCUCUUCCAAGGUGACUUUGGGAGUUGAAGGUGUUAAGACCAUUCAUGGAUUGGGAGAAUUGAGUGACCACGAAGAAGAAUUGGUUAAGUUGGCCAAGGAGACUUUGAUCAAGAACAUCCAAAAGGGUGUUGAAUUUGUUAAGCAAAACCCAUAGACUAAGUAGCCUAGUAUAUAUAUAUUUAUUGGGGA